AUGCUGCCCUGGCUUCUUGUCUUCUCUACUCUGUGUCUCCUGGCACAUGGCAGUCCGACCAUAGUUUCCCGAAAGGAGUGGGGAGCAAAUUCACUCACUUGCAAAGCCCCGCUGGACCUGCCUGUGCCCUACCUCAUCACAGAGCAUCUUACCAGGAUGGAGUGCAAAGAUCAGAUUACCUGCAGCCAGAUGGUGCGGGUUCUACAGUCUCAUUCUGUCCAUAACAGAGGCUGGUGUGAUGUGGCCUUCAACUUCCUGGUUGGGGACGAUGGCAAGGUGUAUGAAGGAGUUGGUUGGUAUAUCCGGCAUGCUCGAGGCUACAGUAAUGUUUCUCUGAGCAUUGCCUUCUUCGGCAGUGAGACAGGCAUCAGCCCCAGCCCUGCUGCUUUAUCAGCUACAGAGGACCUGAUCUUCCCUGCCAUCCAGCAUAGUUACCUGUCACGGUACAUCCACCCAUUUCUCUUAAAGGAAGAAACCUGCUUUGCUCCUCAACAUUCAGGGAUACCCAAAAAAGCAUGCCCUGAUAUCAUCCCUCGAUCUGCUUGGGAAGCCAGAGAGACACACUGCCCUCAAAUGAACCUUCCAGCCAAAUUUGUCAUCAUCAUCCACACUGCUGGGACAAGCUGCAACGAGUCUGCCGCCUGCUUAAUUCGUGUCAGGGACACACAGUCCUUUCACAUGGACAAACAAGAUUUCUGUGACAUCGCGUAUCAGUAA